AUGGAAUAUCAAAAUAUUAAAUUAUCACCAACACAAGUAUCACAAACAUUAACAAUGACAACAGAACAACAACAAGAAGAUAAAACAAUUAAAAAUUCCGAUGAACCUCAACUAGUUACUAAUAAAGAAGAUGAUACACUUUUUGAAUAUUCAAAAGUUAGUGAAGUUGAAACUGUUUCAAAAGACAAAUUACCAAAUUCAUUAUCACAAAUUUCAGUUAAUACUCAACCAUUGAAUGAUUAUGAUAAAUCACAAGAGGCAACAAAUUCAACAGACAACACACCAACAAGUGAUACAAAAUCCAAAACAAAUGUUCCUCCACCAAAAAAGAUCAUACGAUCAUCCAUUACAGAAACUGAAGAAGUUAAAGAGAAGUCUGUCAAAUCUUACUUUGAUACUGUUUCAUCAGCUGGUUAUCCUACAUCACCACCGGACUUUUCUGAUUAUGUUAAGACACGUGUAACAAAUAAAUACCCAAGUUAUUCAUCUUCUUGCAGUUCAUAUCAAUAUCAUCAUCAUGUAGAAAAUUUACCUAAAAAAUCGGAUGAAAAUAUCAAUGGUCACAGUAAUUUGACAUCACAUAAAGUUUUAUCUACGGUUACUAAAUUAGCACCAGAGAGUAAUGUGCCUCAAACAAAUAAUUAUGAAAGUAUAUCAAGACCACAAAUCAGUGUUCCUAUUAAAAUACGACGUAUACCACAAGAUGUUAGGGUAAUUCACACAUCAAAUACACCUACCCUAAAUAGAUUAGACGAAUUUAAACGGAGCUGUGAACGAGCAACAAGACAAUGGGAACAAGUGAUCAAUAAUAAAAAUGGUAAUAAAUUGACAGAAGAAAUAAUGGUUCGCAGAAUAGCUGAAUUGGAAUCCUGUGUAAAAGAGGCUGAAAAUUUAUUAAAAUUAUUUGUAGCAGAAGUCCGUGAUGUACGUGCAACAGCUGAUUAUUGGUCAAAGAAAACAACAAAUUUAGAAAAAUCUUAUCAUAAUUUACAUGGAAAAGUUAAAGAUUAUCGUUUUAAUGCAAAACAAAGUGAAAAUGAAUAUUUGAAAGCUAUGGAAGAACGUGAUUACUUUUUACAAAGUCUACGAGAAUCAGAAACAAGAGAACAAAACUUAUCAAAUUUACUUCAACGUGUUGAAGAUGAAUAUAAUACAUUAUCAAGAGAUAUAAGAAUUUUAGAACGAGCUCAUGCCAAAAAAGAUCGUCAAUUACAAAAUUUAUUAUUAGAAAAAAAUGAACUUUCUAGAAAAAUUAUACAUUUAGAAUCAACUUUGCAUAAAUUAAAAAAUCGAGCAGAAUACACAUAUCGGCAAAAACACUCAUCUCAUAAAGAUGAACCCAUAAGUCGACUUCAUACCCAACUUGGUGAUGAAUCUGAAUAUGUACUAAGUGACUUCGGUUCAUUAGAUAGAAACCAAAAGAUAUACACAAUGACUGCAUCAAUAGAUGAAAGACAGAACAAAAACACUCUAAUUGGUAUUAAUCAAAAUUUAGAUGAUUCUGAUACGUAUAUACCACAAAAAUCGGAUUCAUUCAAAGUCUGUGGAUCAGUAGAAUUAUUAGAUGGUAAAAAACAAAGCUAUUUGUCCAACAAAAACAUGUCAGACUCUUUAAUAACUACAAAAAUAAGUGAAAAUAAUAUCAAUACACAGGAUCAUAAAGAUUCACUUGAUGAUCAAAAUAUUGAUUUGUCACCAACAACAAUUGGCAAUGAUGAACAGAUUCAUCAUCAAUCAGAACAUUUAAUACAGCAUCGAUCAGUUGAAAAAAGUAUGGAUGAUUUAUCGGAUACUUUAGUAGAUUUAAAUAAUUUAACUAGGCAAGAUGAUAUGGAUAUUGAGAUACAACCAAGAGAUUCAACAAAUAAUUACCAUAGAAAAUGGAGUAUUGCAUCCGAUUAUCAAUAUUCGCCUAAUCAACAUCUUAAGUCAAUAAAAAAGGAUGCUUUAUCAACUGAAGAUGAAUCAUUAAAACAUAGAUCUCAAGUACAAGUUGUUGUUGGGCGAUCACCAUCAACUGAAAAAAAACGAAGAACAGUUCAUACCAGUCAUUCACAUAAAAAGUAUUCAUAUAAGAAAAUUUUUGAUCAGCCUGUAUUGCCAUCUGUAUUCAGUACUAACAGCCUUCGAUUUAAUAGACAUCGUCCAGCAUCAGUCUCUGGUUAUCUUGAUGAAUGCGCACUAAACAGGUCGUACGAUUUAUACCCUGUACCAUCGUCAGCUAGACCAAGUACCAGUUUUGGACAUUUACAUAAUUCUAAACGUUUAAAAUCACUGGAAAGAGAUUAUUAUACAUCUUGUCAAAAUUUAAGUACAAAACCUUACUCCACUGUAAAACUGAAUCGUCAAGCAAAUCGACAACCUCUCAUUAUUCACUCACAUUCAGAUCGUCGUUUAAGAGAUAUGCAACAUGCGAAUUAUUUACGUCAUGGCAAUCGCAUGGAUAACGAAUAUGAACGAAUUUACUUUCCCCAGUCAUAUUCAUCACAUCAUUUAAAAAUUCCAGAAAAGACAUGUUUGGAAAGUAGUUUAGAUCAUAUCAAUCUUGAAGUGGAUCGUUUACGAGAUUGUAUUAAAUUAUUAAAUCCAUAA